UAAAAGUAAGAUUAUAAAACCAGCAAGAUGUCGAUCAGGAGGGGUGGACUGAUGUCCUAUAAUCAAAAGCGAAUUGCUCGCUGGUACUUUGGGGGCGUGGCCAGUUCUAUAGCCGCCCUGGUGACACAUCCAAUUGAUCUGAUGAAGGUGCUCAUGCAGACACAGGCGGAGAAGUUGUCGAUGAUGCGGACUACUCAAAAGAUACUUCGGGAGCAGGGCGUUUUGGCCUUGUACAAUGGAAUAUCGGCUUCGAUGUUGCGACAAUACACCUACACCUUGUCACGUUUUGGGAUUUAUACAGUGGGCUCUGGCAUGAUGGACACCAGCACCAUGGGAAGCAAAACGCUCCUGGCGGCGAUUGCCGGAGGAAUUGGUGGAUAUGUGGGCGCACCAGCGGAUCUGAUCAACGUCCGCCUGCAGAACGAUGUCAAGAUGCCGAUGGAAAAGAGGCGCAACUACAAACAUGCUAUAGACGGUCUGGUUCGCAUAACCCGAGAAGAAGGAUGGCGCAGUCUGUUCAACGGCUCCUCGAUGACCGCGCUGCGAGGAAUGCUCAUGACCGUGGGCCAGAUCGCCUUCUACGAGCAGAGCAAGUCCUCUCUGGUCCACCUGGGAAUGCCGGAGAAUAUGGGCACCUACAUCACCGCAUCGAUCAUCUCGGCCACGGUGGCCACCACAUUAACACAGCCGAUUGAUGUGGUCAAGACCCGGCGGAUGAACGCUGCCCCUGGCGAAUAUUCCGGUCUGGCGGAUGUGUUCAUUAAAACCUCUAGAGAGGGUCCACUGGCCUUCUUCAAGGGCUAUACGCCCUCCUUAAUGCGAUUAAUGCCGCAUACCGUAUUACUGUUCCUAGGCCUCGAGUUCCUGAGGACCCGUUUCGGCUAUCUGCCUGAACCCAAGCAGGUUGGGCCCUAUUAUCGCUACGAUGAUGUCGAUGACGACUAAUCUGUUCUCUUAUGUUCCAAAUUAUCUGUCCCAUUUUAUGUCUACAGUUGGUUAUUGUAUGUUUGAAAAUUAAAUUACAUUGGUUAUAGGCCUA